CGCCCAGCACAAGAACCGUGUUGCGACAGACAAAAUUCCCAACUCAACACUUCGGCAGUUUGCACGGUUGCACAGUUCCUCAGCCAAAUUGGAUCCCAACAAAAUGGACAGUCCGUGUGAGUCGGAGAGCUCACUCGAUGGGGGAGCAAUGCUCCCGCCGAGCCCGGUUUCGCGGGAACAGCUGCAAAAGCGCAUCGAAAGUCUCACGCAACAAAACAAGGUGCUUAAAGUAGAACUAGAAACGUAUAAAAUUCGCGUUAAAGUCAUCCAGGAGGAGAAUCGUUCCCUACGUCAAGCGUCAGUUAUCAUCCAAGCGAAAGCCGAACAGGAGGAGGAAUACAUCUCCAACACGCUGCUGAAGAAAAUACAGGCGCUGAAAAAGGAGAAGGAAACGCUUGCCCAUCAUUACGAGCGCGAGGAAGAAUGUCUCACGAACGAUCUGUCCCGCAAGCUGGACCAGCUGCGGCAGGAAAAGUGUAAACUCGAGCAAACGCUCGAACAGGAGCAAGAGUGUCUAGUUAACAAGCUGAUGCGCAAGAUCGAGAAGCUCGAGGCGGAAACAUCGGCCAAGCAGAACCAUCUCGAGCAGCUGCGCCGUGAAAUGGUCGAGCUGGAGAAUACGCUCGAGCAGGAGCAGGAAGCGCUGGUAAACAAGCUGUGGAAGCGGAUGGAUAAGCUGGAGGCGGAAAAGCGUUCGCUGCAGAUCAAACUCGACCAACCGGUGUCUGAUCCAACCAGUCCAAAAGAAAUAAGCCAUCAUCGUAACGAAAAUGGCAACGACACUGCCACACAGCUGACCGCGCACAUCACCAACCUGCGGUCGGAGGUGGACCAGCUGCGCAGCAAUCUGGCCGCAGCGGAGAAGGAAAGCAAGGAAAAGACGCAACAGUUUGCACACGAGGAAAAGUGCAUACGGGAGGAGAACAAGCGCUUGCAGCGCAAGCUUCAGCUCGAAGUGGAACGGCGCGAAGCACUGUCGCGACAUCUGUCGGAAUCGGAAUCGUCGCUCGAGUUUGAAGACGAACGGCUGUUUAAUGAGAAUGUGUCGGCACUGGCCAGCCAAAGACCGAUCAGUCCGGGUGGGUUGACGCGCUGCAUUGCGUGCGGUCAGCUGGUGAGUAGACGGGCAAGCGAGCGGUUUAUUAAGCCGGCUAUACCGAUCGGACUGAACACAUCGGCACCGAACGUGCUUUCCUCGCAUUCGUCCACGGUCGGCGGUGGUGGCAAUAUGUUUCCACUGCUCGGUGGUGGCAAUACUACCGGUGGCGUUGGUCCCGGUUCGCUCAACAGUAGCAUCGGUUCGACGAACUCGAACAACACUAGUAGUAAUAUCUCGUUCACCGGCAAUUCGUCCUUCGUGCAACCGGCCAGUCCAAUGGAUACCUCCAUGUGCAAAGAUUAAA